UUCCGACUGUUUGUUUCUCCACAGGAAAGGACGCCAAAGACAACUGGACUAAUUUCAGCAUUUUAAUGUAAAAAUGGGGGCUUGUCUGGCGUUGUGCUCUUUAGCCAGUUGUGCCUCCUGUCUGUGUGGCUCAGCACCAUGCCUUCUGUGUGGCUGCUGUCCCUCCUCCAACAAUUCCACCAUCACACGGCUGGUCUUCUCCUUCUUUUUGCUGCUGGGGACCAUGGUGUCCGUCAUCAUGAUCCUACCUGGAAUGGAGACACAGCUCCGUAAAAUCCCAGGUUUCUGCGAGGGAGGAAGCUCUAUACCUGGUUUUGAAAACAAGGUCAAAUGUGAUGUCAUUGUGGGCUACAAGUCUGUGUACCGCAUGUGCUUCGCCAUGACCUGCUUCUUCUUUCUGUUCGCCGCCAUCAUGAUCCGUGUCCGUAGCAGCAAAGACCCUCGUGCAGCUAUUCAAAAUGGGUUCUGGUUCUUUAAGUUUCUGAUCCUGAUUGGAAUAACAGUGGGAGCUUUUUUCAUCCCUGACGGAACAUUUCAUACUGUUUGGUUUUACUUCGGAGUGGUGGGAUCCUUCAUCUUCAUUCUAAUCCAACUUAUUCUUCUCAUCGACUUUGCCCACUCCUGGAACAAGGUGUGGGUAGAAAAUGCUGAAAAUGGUGACAACAAAUGCUGGUUUGCAGGCCUGCUGUCUUUCACCAUCCUCCACUAUGCACUUGCUAUCACUGCUGUGGUGCUUUUCUACAUUUACUACACACAGCCUGACGACUGCACGGAGCACAAGGUCUUCAUUAGCCUCAACCUCAUCUUCUGCAUCAUCAUCUCUGUUGUCUCCAUCCUGCCCAAGAUACAGGAAGCUCAGCCACACUCUGGUUUGCUCCAGGCUUCGCUCAUCUCCCUCUACACCAUGUAUGUCACUUGGUCUGCAAUGACCAACAAUCCAAAUCGAAAGUGUAACCCCAGCCUGUUGAGUCUGGUGUCAAACGUCAACACCACUGAACCAUCUGGUGACGGCACCCCAGGACAGGUGCAGUGGUGGGACGCUCAGGGCAUUGUUGGUUUGAUCAUCUUCCUCUUCUGCACUCUCUAUGCCAGUAUCCGUUCAUCCAGUAACACGCAGGUCAACAAGCUGAUGCAGACAGAGGAGGGCAUCGGGUCAGGGGGAGAGGGUGUGGUGGGAGAGGAUGGCAUACGCAGGGCUGUGGACAAUGAGGAGGAAAAAGUCUCUUACAGUUACUCCUUUUUCCACUUUCACCUCUGCCUGGCCUCACUGUACAUCAUGAUGACUCUCACCAACUGGUACCAACCGGACACCACCACCCAAGCCAUGCAGAGCCGUAUGCCAGCCGUGUGGGUGAAGAUGAGCUCCAGUUGGCUGGGUCUCGGGCUAUACCUGUGGACCCUCAUCGCCCCUCUGAUCUUCCCUGACAGAGAUUUCAACUGAGUAUGACUUAUCUUUUGGCUGUAUUUGUUUCUUUUGUUUUCUUGCCUAUUGUAUUAGGCAGUGUGAAGGAAGCUAUGAAGGCAAUGGGAAGGAUGUCAUAUAGGAAAUAUGUUUAAUUUCUUCUUGUUCCUUUUUCAGUUAAUUGCCUCUGCUGUUACUGUGCUGGUGUUGUUUUUCUCCUCUCGGUAUGAUUAUUUAGUAUGUUAGUCACUGAAGAUAUUCAAAAGUGUAAAAGUGGAUUUUUUUAGUUAGCCUGAUUAAUGAUGGAUUUGGCUACUGGAAUGCCAGUAUCUCACCUUCAUAGACAACUCCCUACCUUCCGCCUGAUGUAGUCUGAACUAUCACAAAGACUGAACAACAAGGCAUAUACUCGAUACCUCAGACAUUUCACUAACAGAUUCCCUUUUAGGGCCUGUGAGAUCUUACCUCUCUGAUUGGCCGGGUCUGGAAUCCCUGAUUAGCUGGACUCUUUUAGUGCUGGGGGCAACAAGGAGAACCCUCCUCAGGAGCCCCCGAGUGAGUUGAGUGUGAGAGUUAGAUAAGACUAAAAUGACACACCCUACAGAUCAUAGCAGGGCUUCCCUCUCGCUGCUGGGCUGUAUGCAAAUCCACGUCAUUACACCUUGAGACAGAGAGUCCGAAUAGACCACCAGUCUAAUCUCAGCUCUUCCUCAUCUACUCCAACAUAGGGUAAUUUAUCUCUGGUGCUACGCCUUUCCAUGUCUGACUGUGUUUGGCCUUGUACAGCCACGGGCAACAAUCUGUACCUGUAUAGCAGUGUGCUUGCAACAGGGAGACAUGUAUUGAUCCAUAGCAGUCAACGUCAUGUGUAGUGGUGCGGUUCAGGGGGUGAUGGCGUGAACUUCUCACAAAUGCCUUUAUUUCCAGGAGGCUGCAGAGCGUGUUGUUGAGUUUACAGGAUAAAAGGGAUUUUUAAUUGUUGCAGUGUACAACACAAUAAGGACGUAUUUCAGAAAUGAUACAUACUGUAUUGAUACUGUAAUGGUACUGUUAAAUGGUAUUGACUUCAUAGUAUGUUGAUGGUUGUGAUGGUGGUACAGUAAUUUUAUGCAUUAUAUGGUAUUUACCUCAAUUUCAAUAUGAAUGGAAUACGUAAAAUAAAUACCCGUAUGUUUUGUACUUGUAAAUGUUUUUGGUACAAUCCUCAAAAUAUGAUUAUUUUUCUGUUGUUUUUUUUUUUUUUUCAAACAUUUCAAUGCCCAAACAAAUGAAUCAGAUUUGCUGUUUCUCCAGCUGUAUACAAGUUGUGAAUGGAGUUUUUUUAAGUGUUGCGAUAAAUUAAAUCUUUUUUAUAUUCAUUUUCUUCAUCAAACAUCUUAAAUGUAUUGUGCAUUUUACCGUUAUCGCCAAACUGGGGGGAUUAUUUUGGCAGAAUUGCCAUUGUUCAAUCAUAACAUUUUAAAACACUAUUAAGUGCCUUUUUGUAGUCCUGCGUUUAAAAAGAAUUUAACACUAAUGCUGACGUGUGCUUAUUAUGCCUUGCCUCACAUUGUGGUGAGUCAGUCAUUGCAUGCCAAUAAGGCAUAGGCUUAUGACAUGGAUUAAUAUUGUAAUUAAUGUAUAAACACAAUUUUGAAUAAAGAUGGAAGUCUAUCACUCA